AUGAGCAAAGUUCACCUUCCCGAGUUGAAAAAAUUUAUAGACAAGAAGUUAUUGAAAUUAAAUGGUGGCAGACAUGUCCAAGGAAUAUUGUGGGGAUUUGAUCCCUUAAUGAAUCUUGUGAUAGAUGAGUGUGUGGAGAUGGCAACCAGCGGGCAACAGAAGAAUAUUGGAAUGGUGGUAAUACAAAGAAAUAGUAUCAUCACUUUAGAAACCUUGGAACGAGAAUAAAUAAUGGCUGUUCAGCAGAGAAAUUCCACGUCCCCUCUCCAAAGAGCCUGUUUUACUAUGAUGUAAA